GUCUUCUGGCUCAUGGACGGUGAAGUGUUCCUCGGGGGUGACCGGAUGACGGCUGCCUUCGGCGACUACGACAGGACCGGACUGUCUCACCAGACGUCGCUCAGACUCGCGCUAAGUGUAUCAGACGCCACCUUCGGCCAGUACGAGUGUGCGGCUUUCAACUCAGAGCUGGGGGCGCAAGUCAUGAGUGGGGCGGCCAACAUCACUUACGAUUACACCCCGAGCAGCUCUGUGCCGGAGAUUGAGUGGGAGCUGCCACCCGUGCUGGUCGUGUCAGAGGGCAAAUAUCUCGUCUUGCCUUGUAGGAGCGUGGCCUCGACCGAGCCCGCGAAAAUCUCGUGGUAUUUCGGUCGGUACCCCGUUGACGAGUCAAGACGAGUGUACAUUCUAGCCAAUGACAGCCUGGCGUUUUUCCCCAUCGUGGAGGAUGAUGCCGGGACAUAUUUCUGCACAGCUUCCAACUCAAAGGGCACGUCUGAGUCGCCUGUGCUCGAGAUGAAAGUCUCUUACCUUCGCACAGAUUUUCUCCGCCAUCCGUCCGACACAUUUGCAUAUUACGGGCAAGACGUUGUGCUUCCCUGCCAGCCGCCCAAAAGCCUGCCCCCGGCCUCGGUCGUGUGGUACAAGAACUACAAGGUCCUUGACCUCUCGCUCACAAAUGUCAAGGUCGUCGACCAUGACCUCCAUCUCCUCUCUGUGAGGAAGUCGGACAACGGGGUUUACUACUGUGUGGCGGUGAAUAACUUGACGACCCCGUCCACACGGACCUCGCUGAUUGCGACAGUGAGGCUGGAGGGUCCUCCCAUCAUGCUGCAGCCACCGGUAAGCACCAAAGUGACCAAAGGUGACUCGCUACAUCUGAGCUGUCUGGUGGAGGCUGACCCAGAACCUGUGACCAGCUGGCUCUUCCAGGGUCUGCCCGUUCCUCCCUCCGAUAAACUGUCUAUUGUGAACCGUGGUCAAGAACUUUUUGUAAAUGACAUGGGCAAAGCUUGGGAAGGCCAGUUCACUUGUGUAUCUAAAAAUAGAUAUGGAAAUGCCGCAGGGAAUGCAUCUGUUGUUGUGAUUGUACCACCUGCGUCGCUACACCCGAUUGGUCAACUCACAGCCAGAGAGGGACGUUCGUACUCCAUCGAGUGUCCAAUCGUUGGGGACCCGGUCCCUGACAUUCGCUGGUAUCACAAUGGCGUUGAUGUAAGUUUAUCAAAAAAAUCAUCGCUCGGUGUGACCUUGACCCUCUCCAGUCUGGUCAUUGCCAACGUGACAGUUGACCACGCGGGCAGCUACCAAUGUGUGGGCAGCAAUGAGGCGGGUCAGACCUCCUCCGAGGGCAAGCUCAUUGUCAAUGUGGCGCCUGUCAUAGUGCUGGGGCCUGCUGAUGUGACAGAGGUCAUUGGGUCAAGGCUGACCCUAGAGUGUGAUGUCAAAGGUCAUCCAGUUCCUUCCAUCCACUGGUUGUACAACGGAAGCUCUGUGCUGCCGCAAGACGUUGAUGCCUCGGAGGAGAAUCAUAAACUGACCAUAUCAAGCCUGGGAUGGGCUCAGGUCGGUCAGUUUGAGUGUGUGGCAGACAGUUCAGAGGGAACUGCGACGGCUUCUGCUUUUGUCCGUCUUAUGGUCCCUCCAAAGAUUGAAGAAGUCCAGUUCCCCACCACUGCUGUCCGACAAGGACAAGAAAUCUCAUUUGGGUGUACAGCUUCUGGAAUUCCUUCCCCUUCUAUGCAAUGGGUACAUCAAGGGAAAGUGGUGAGACCAUCGCUGGAUGGGAGGAUUCGAACCCCAGCCCUUGGCUCAGUGGUGAUUGAGAGGGCGGAGAGCUCAGACUCAGGUCUAUACGAGUGCCGGGCGGAAUCCAGCGUGGGAACCGACAGCAGAACGAUGUCGCUCUUUGUCUAUGGUGAGGAUUUCUUCUCUUGUACUGUACAUGACACAUAUUUUUUCCUCCCUCUCCUGCCCCCGUACCCCCACGGACUCUCUACCAGUCCUGGGGCUGCCGCGCCAUAUGUGUCGGAAGUCAAUGGCGUUGAUGUAAGUUUAUCAGAAAAAUCAGCGCUCGGUGUGACCUUGACCCUCUCCAGUCUGGUCAUUGCCAAUGUGACAGUUGACCAUGCGGGCAGCUACCAAUGUGUGGGCAGCAAUGAUGCGGGUCAGACCUCCUCCGAGGGCAAGCUCAUUGUCAAUGUGGCGCCUGUCAUAGUGCUGGGGCCUGCUGAUGUGACAGAGGUCAUUGGGUCAAGGCUGACCCUAGAGUGUGAUGUCAAAGGUCAUCCAGUUCCUUCCAUCCACUGGUUGUACAACGUGAGUGCUGACGUUCAACUUUUCUGUUCCCAAAGGGGUCCUCCCAUCAUGCUGCAGCCACCGGUAAGCACCAAAGUGACCAAAGGUGACUCGCUACAUCUGAGCUGUCUGGUGGAGGCUGACCCAGAACCUGUGACCAGCUGGCUCUUCCAGGGUCUGCCCGUUCCUCCCUCCGAUAAACUGUCUAUUGUGAACCGUGGUCAAGAACUUUUUGUAAAUGACAUGGGCAAAGCUUGGGAAGGCCAGUUCACUUGUGUAUCUAAAAAUAGAUAUGGAAAUGCCGCAGGGAAUGCAUCUGUUGUUGUGAUUGUACCACCUGCGUCGCUACACCCAAUUGGUCAACUCACAGCCAGAGAGGGAGGUUCGUACUCCAUCGAGUGUCCAAUCGUUGGGGACCCGGUCCCUGACAUUCGCUGGUAUCACAAUGGCGUUGAUGUAAGUUUAUCAAAAAAAUCAUCGCUCGGUGUGACCUUGACCCUCUCCAGUCUGGUCAUUGCCAACGUGACAGUUGACCACGCGGGCAGCUACCAAUGUGUGGGCAGCAAUGAGGCGGGUCAGACCUCCUCCGAGGGCAAGCUCAUUGUCAAUGUGGCGCCUGUCAUAGUGCUGGGGCCUGCUGAUGUGACAGAGGUCAUUGGGUCAAGGCUGACCCUAGAGUGUGAUGUCAAAGGUCAUCCAGUUCCUUCCAUCCACUGGUUGUACAACGGAAGCUCUGUGCUGCCGCAAGACGUUGAUGCCUCGGAGGAGAAUCAUAAACUGACCAUAUCAAGCCUGGGAUGGGCUCAGGUCGGUCAGUUUGAGUGUGUGGCAGACAGUUCAGAGGGAACUGCGACGGCUUCUGCUUUUGUCCGUCUUAUGGUCCCUCCAAAGAUUGAAGAAGUCCAGUUCCCCACCACUGCUGUCCGACAAGGACAAGAAAUCUCAUUUGGGUGUACAGCUUCUGGAAUUCCUUCCCCUUCUAUGCAAUGGGUACAUCAAGGGAAAGUGGUGAGACCAUCGCUGGAUGGGAGGAUUCGAACCCCAGCCCUUGGCUCAGUGGUGAUUGAGAGGGCGGAGAGCUCAGACUCAGGUCUAUACGAGUGCCGGGCGGAAUCCAGGGUGGGAACCGACAGCAGAACGAUGUCGCUCUUUGUCUAUGGUGUCCCGGUCCCCCCUGUGCUGCUCACCGCUGUCCCUAUCUCCUCGGAGUCCGUCUACCUGCUGUGGAGAUGGAGCAGCCCGCUUCCCGAUUUCCCCGAGAUAGAUUACUUUCAGAUUUCCUUCAGGGAGAAAAGUAGUGGAGAGACCCGAGUGUUCCCGACCCACUUUCCACCCAACGUGACCCGCAUGGAAGUGACCGGUCUGGAAGGGGGCGUGGCCUAUGUGUUUUACGUCACGGCCACGAAUGACGUCGGAAUGAGCGAGCCCAGUAACUUGAUGUCUGCCAACACAUUCCAGUCCUCCCCGUCCCGUCCCGUAGGACUCCAUGUUUUGUCUGUGGGCGCCACAAGCGCCACCGUCUCCUGGGAGGUUCCUCAGGUCUCCUCCGGCGUGGUCAAACUUUACCAGCUGCGGUACCGGAGACUGGAUGCCUAUGUCCAGCAAGCCCCGUUGCUACCACCCCAAGAUGUGUCUGCGGUUGCUGUUGACCCGUACUCUGUUACAGUUACCUGGCAGCCUAUCCCUGUUUUAGCUCAAAAUGGACCUAUUCUGUUUUAUCACCUUGUCUAUAUGAACAACGAAUCUGUGCCGCUGGGCCGAGAGAGGGUGGAUAACUCCACCACAUCCUUCACAAUACGUGGGUUAUCCCCCUGGAGAUGGUACCUCGUCCUUGUUGGAGGAGAGAACGCUCGAGGCAAGGGCCCUAACUCUACUGCUGUUCGCGUGGAAACGAAAUCUGUUGCUCCCGUUGCUGCCCCAAAGAACUUUCAUGUGGAAUCUCUGUCUGCAGACAGGCUGCAGAUUUCAUGGCAGGCCCUGCCCUAUGAAGUGUCUACAUGUGCCAUUACGUCGUACGAGAUUCGCUAUCGAGUCAAAGGAGACCCCCUGUGGUCCAAUGUUUCAGUGUCGUCCACCUCCACCUCAGAUGCCUUCAUUUUCGUCCUCCCCUCCCUCCAGCCAUGGACCUGGUACCUGAGUCAGGUGGCGGCUUUCACUGACACAGUUGUGCCGGGCCUGGGGCCGUACUCUGACGUAGUGAUUGUCCGGACCAUGCAGGGAGAGUCAGACCCUGUACAGUCUCUGUCAUACUCUCAAGGGCCGACUGACAUAAGGCUUACCUGGCAAACCCCCGUCGCUGUGAGGGGUGUCCUGGCAGGAUAUCUGGUCACCUACCAUCCUCUGGAUCUCCCUGAGCAGGCAGAGACCGUGAGUGUAGAAGAAACAAGCGCUCACCUCCUAGCCCUCCAGCCGUCCACAGUGUACAAUAUCAGCGUGUCUGCCGUGAAUGGGGCGGGGCCUGGGGCCGAAUUGGUCGUACGUGUGCUGACGG